CUGUUCUGCAUACACUCUUGAAGCAGCCUUGCUCCCUGGCACAUGCGGUUUGAUAUUAGCGUGCAGCACAGCGGAGCUCGCUGCCAGCCUAAGUAUGUUUGGGCCGGACGCUCGUCUCGCAAUCAACCGGGAGCCGGCGCCGCUGCCCAACGAGCAGUCCCUGGUGGCUGAGCUGCGUGCCAAGCUGGGUCCCGGCCCGGACCAGGACAAGAUCCUGUUCAGUAUCCGCAGCGCCCGCGGGAAGACGCACUGGGCUGUCAACAGCUAUCUGCGGGAUAUCAUGUCGGCGGGGUGCGUGCCGGGAGAGGAGGACUUCCAUCCGGGGCGCGCCCGUGUGCAGACCAGUGGCGCGGCAGGGCCGACGGCAGUGGCGUCGACUGCAGAAGGUCAAACAGCAGACGACCCCAUGCCGCAGUCGCCGGACCUCACUGACGAGUCAGCGGCGCACUUCGCCGAGCGCUCCGGCCUAGACGCACUUCCCUCCUCGGUAUUGGAGCUGGUGCUGAAGCACCUGGACUACACCUCCCUGUGCGCGGCCGCCCUGACCUGCAAGGCGCUGGCGGCAGUGGCAGCGUCCGAUGCGCUGUGGAGCAGCCUGUUUGCGGCACGCUGGGGCGCAGUGGUAUUUCCCACGGAGGCGUACCUGGCCAUGGGGGCGGCUGGUGGCGGCGUCGGGGCCGGUGCAGGUGGCUGGCCGGGCGCCGGUGCAGGCGCCUGGCCGGGUGCCGGCGUGGGACCGGCGGCAGCAGGUGCAGCAGCGGCUAUGGCCGCUACUGGCGGCACUGGGCCGGGCAUAGCGCUGGCUGGCCUUGCGCUGUGUGAGCCCGACAGCCUCCCGCAUGCAACAGUGGAUGGCGCAAAGGCAGCGGGGGAGCCGGGGCCCGGGAGCAGACCCGGCGAUGGCUUGCGGCAGAGCGCGCUGUUUCGACUGGGCUCAGGCCUUGCGCCAGUACGGGAGGACAGCACGCCGCCGCCUGCUCAGCGUCAGCAGGCGCCCCUAUCUGCUGCCUGUACGCCUCGGUCUGUUGCGGGCGCCUUCAGCCGUGUAGAUACGCUUCAGAAGGCGCCGACAGAAGCCUGUCCCAUUGCCUCCAGCUCCGCGCAGGUCAGCGAUGCAGGUGUCACCGGUAGUAAGCCGCACCAGGCAGCUACUGGGGGUGCUAGCAUGGGUAGCACCGUUCCAGCCGCUACCGGGGUAUCGGGCAUGGGCAGUACUGGCAGCAGAAGCAGCUCCCCAGACGGCGACAGCAGCGCUCGGCGGCGAUACCGGGACCAGGUGGCGUUCCUCAAGUCUCUGCGCUGCCCACGGUGUGGCGGCGCAGCAUUGCUGCCAAUCCUGUACGGCUUCCCUUCAGCCAAGCUGCUGGAGGGCAUGAGGUCCAAACGGCUGAUUCUGGGAGGUGACCACCUCAUAGAGAGCUGUCACGUGUGGGGGUGCCCAAACGACCGCUGUGGUGCGAGCUACAGGUUCUUCCCGUAUGACCGUGUGGAUGAAUGGAUGACGGACCUGGCCAAACCGCAGCCAGCCGUUGUUUCAACAGCAGUCAUGGGCAGAGUGGUUUUCAGCAGUCGUCAGCGUGACGUCAACUCCGCAACCAACAUCCGGCACGCGCUGGUGGAGAUGCUGCUGGGGCACAAGCGACCUGCAUCGCUGCAGACUGGCGGCGGCAGCGGCAGCGGUGGCUGCGGCAGCGGCGGCGACGGCGGUGGCGGCGGCGGCAGCGGCGGCGGCGGCGGCGGCGGCGGCAGCGGCGGCGGCGGCGGCGACAGCAGCGGGGGCGCGUGCGCGCAUCUUGGUAGCGGAGGGGGCGGGAAAGGCCACGUGGAGGAGGAGAGCGCAGCGCCGCCCAAGAAGCGGCGCAAGCGCGCAGUCUGAGGAGCCGGCUGGUGUCCAGGUAGCGGUCCGCGGUGGGGCUGGCAGGGCAUGCGUAGCGGCAUGACAAGUAGUGCGGCUGUUGACAACUGUGCUGCAUCUGGCUGAGGUUGGCUCUGCUGUGGCAUCACGAUUGCUAGGCCCUGGUUUGGCUAUGUGCCUGUGGAAACCGACCCCGGCUAUGUUCAGGCGAUGAGGUUGUUCGGCCUCAGACUGUGGAGGCUGUGGAGGGGCUCAGCCCCUUUUUCCGUGACCGGGGAACACUUGUCAGCAGUCGUGGACUGAGCACUUGCAAUGGACGUCACCCGUGGAAAUAUGCAGCAUGCAUACAUGGUUUCAAGCUUCUUGUGGACAGUCGCAGCGGGUUUUGGUCGACUG